AUGAUGGCGGGGGGUGUGGAUGGGCUCGGUUUUGACUCUUGGUUGGGCGCUGGGGGCGAGCGGCCGGCGGUGGUGCGACCUGUGGCCGCGGCGUCGGCGCCGCUGGCGGGGAGCUCCGCUUUCGUGCAGGGAGGGCCGACGCUGGCAAAGGUCUCAAGGAUUGCAACAGGGAGGACCAGUCAUGCGAAUUGCAGGACAGCAUUGAAAGCAGUUGUCGCAUCCGCCACGCCAACUGAAUGGGAGGGUGCAAAGCCAGUUCCGCUGGCGAUCACACUCGCCAUUGGUCUCGUUCUCAGAUUCCUGGUGCCCAUUCCAGAAGGAAUCACAGCAAAGGGCUGGACGCUGCUCUCCAUUUUCCUGUCCACCAUUGGAGGCCUGGUCCUGGAGCCCCUACCCACAGGCGCGGUGGCCUUCCUGGGCCUUACCGCCACCGUUCUCUCAGGCACCCUCACAUUCGCCCAAGCUACAUCUGCGAUGACCUCCGAGGUCAUCUGGCUCAUCGUGGUGUCCUUUUUCUUCGCAAAGGGGUUCGAGCUGACAGGCCUGGGCAGGCGGGUGGCAUUUCUGUUUGUGAAGCUGUUUGGGAAGAACACGCUGGGGCUGUCCUACGGGCUGAAUGUGGCGGAGGGGUUGAUCAGCCCCGCCAUGCCGUCGACCACGGCUAGGGCGGGGGGCAUCUUUGUGCCCAUCAUGACCAACAUCGCAAAGAACGCAGGCAGCACCCCAGUCUCAAAACGCAUGAAGCUUGGGGCCUUUCUGGUCCACUCCCAGUUUCAGACCAGCUCCCACACAUCAGCGCUCUUCCUCACUGCCGCUGCACAGAACCUCCUGUGCCUGAAGCUGGCUGCCGACACGAUCGGCACCAUAGGGAAUCCGUUUGUCACAUGGUCCCUUGGGGCCUUGGCACCCGCAGCAGCAGGGCUCAUCUUGUCCCCACUGCUGAUGUACACACUCAUACCACCUGAGCUGAAAGAGACCCCAGAGGCACCACAGGAGGCUCAAGAGCAGCUUGAGAACAUGGGCCCCAUGUCGAACAAGGAGUGGAUCAUGCUUGGCACCAUGCUGCUGGCCAUUACUCUGUGGGUGUUUGGCGAGGGCCUGGGCAUCCCAGCCGUGCUGGCGGCCAUGAUCGGCCUGUGCAUACUGCUCCUCACCGGCACCCUCAAGUGGCAGGACUGCCUUAACUACGCCCCCGCCUGGGACACCCUUUUCUGGUUCGCCGUGCUCAUUGGCCUCUCCGGCCAGCUGAACUCCAUGGGCAUCAUCAGCGCCUUCUCUGCCAAAUGCGGCGCCUUCCUCACAAGCCUUAACCUGGGCAUGAUGCCCCUCUUCGUGGUUCUGCACGUCGUCUUCUUUGGCAUCCAUUACCUGUUCGCGUCCCAGACGGCCCACGUCGCGGCACUGUACUCUGCCUUCCUGACGCUCAUGCUGUCAGCAGGCGUCCCACCCCUCAUGGCGGCACUCUCACUGGCCUACAACUCCAACCUCUUCGGCUCCAUCACGCAGUUCGCAUCCGGCCAGGCCGCAGUCUACUACGGCUCCGGCUUCAUGACCCUGCAGGAGGUCUUCAAGAUCGGCGCCCUGUUCGCCCUGCUCAACUUGGCGCUGUGGCUGGGCGUGGGCAUUCCGUGGUGGAAGGCGCUGGGAUGGUGGUGA